AUGGGUAAUGAGGGGGGCACAAUUGCCAAGAGACAAGAUAUCUUGUCCUUGCAUAGUGGAGGCCAUAGGUCACGACCAGGUAUAGAGAGUGACGAUGCUAAGCAAGUACUACUACAUAGCUGUGCGUUUUCGGGAUUACCUCUUUAUCAAAACACGCCGACUGUAGGCGACUACAAGGGUAGACUAUAUAUCAAAGAAAAGAUACUCCAGUAUAUACUAGAUAGUAAGUUGGAUAAGCUCAAGAGUAAAGCAGAAUUUCAGCAUUUGAGGUCUUUGAAAGAUUUGUGCAAGGUUGCGAUAAAGUUUGAGGUGGUUGAUGAUAUAGCACACUUUCAAUGUCCUAUUACUAAGGAAUUAGACGACAAAUGUGUAUAUGCGUAUCUAAGACCUUGUGGUUGUGUAAUGGCUUACAAGUUUUUGAGAGAGUUGAAACUGACCAUUGCCAAAACGUUGAAGUCGCCAUCGCAGUCGCUGGUGAAGUUGCAAUUUCAGCUGCAGGCUCAGCUGCAGGCUCAGCUGCAAUCCCAGCUGCUGUCUCUAGUACCGUUGCAAUCCCAGCUGCUGUCUCUGGUACCGUUGCUGUCGCAGUUGCCUUUGCAACUGGUCACGGCAAAUUGUCCAGUAUGCAACGAGCCAUUUAUAUUUGAUUACGACUUGGUCAUCAUCAAUCCAACCAACAAUGAAGAAUUUGCUGAGAUCAAUGAAAAGAGUUACAAGUAUUUGAGAAAUGUCUUACAUUUAACAAACUCAAAGGAGCCUUUAAAAAAGAAAAAACAUAGAAAGUCAUCUGAUUUAGAGAGUAGCGGUGGGGACUUUGUACGGAAACGUAAACUAGAUCAAGACGGAGAUAUAGAAGCAGUCAAACGGGCGAAAGCUUGA